AUGCCAAUCUCAAGUGAUAAACUGAAAGUUUGCAACUUUCAACAAAUUCAUCUCCACAUUCAUUAUCCUCCUGUAAGGCGUCCUCCAGAUCAGCGGGAGCACAUCAAAUGGAAUCCUCCUCCUCCAGACCAUGUUAAAAUCAACUUUGAUGGUUCAGUCAUCCAACAAAACAACAAUGCAGCUAUUGGCUUUGUCAUCAGAGACAACUUUGGAUGUCCUGUUAUUGCUUGUGCUAAACGAAUUGGGAAAGCUAAUGUCCCUCUGACUGAAGCUCUUGCUCUCCGGGAAAGCCUCCUAAAAGCUCAAGAGCUUAACUACACCAACCUGUUGAUUGAAGGGGAUUCCCAACUGGUCAUUCACUGUGUUAUUGGGAAGACCAACACUCCUUGGCAUCUACAGUCUAUCAUCCAGGACAUCAAACAGCUAGCAUCCAACUUCAAUUUAGUCGUUUUCACCCACACUUUACGGGAAGCUAAUUUUGUGGCAAAUGCCCUUGCCUCCAUAGGCCAUGGAUCGGACGAGCUCAUUUCGUGGACCAGUCACUUUCCCUCGAGUGUUAAUUCAGCUAUUAGCUUUGAUCUGUUUGGCGCAGGCUGCUCUAAAGGAGCAUCCCUUUAG